CAUAGAUCAAAUGAUAAUGACUUAACUUAGUGCUAUAAGUUUUUUUUUAUAAUGAGAGUAAAGUAAUAGAUCUAGUUCCAAAAAUCAUAUUGGAAAGAGACUAUUGGAAAUGUAAACAUAUUAUUAUAUUCUUCUUUUCAAGCCAAAAAAAAGAAAACUUUAAAACGACAGUGUAAUGAAAAAAGAGGGUAUCUAUCUAUUCUUUUUUUUUUUUGUGUCAAAGUGAAACACAAAUAUAGUAUUUGACCAAUUUCUUGAAAUCAGCACAAGAUAACUCUUUUUUCUAAAGCUUUUCUCUUCUUCUUUCACUUUGUAAAACGUUAAGCAGUAGUAAUUGUGAUACAUCAUACAUAGACCGUACGGUAAAGUCACAGCAACAAAACAAAAACUGACCAAAUGAGUUUCCGAUUCACCGGUGAAAACAUUUCCAUCAUAAAAUCUUUUUCAAAAAAGAAACAAAGAAUCCAAGAUUCACUUUCCACGUGUCAAACCAACAAAAUUCCACGUGUAAAACACAGUCAAAACCCAGUCAAAGCCCACAACGGAUCUUCUCUUGUUCUCUCACUCUCUCUCUUCUCUGUUUCGCGCUUCCUUUAUAUAAAAAGCAAACACAAGAAACAGAGUUUUUCAGAUUUCUCUCUGCAACUCUCAGAAAAAAAAGAAAAGAAAACAAAAAAACUCAUUUCGUCUUUCCAAAGAGAAAUAAAGAAGAGAUGACCAAAAUCGACUCACUCCGUCGAUUUCUUCUUCCAUGUAUCACACCUCAGACGAAUCCAACCACCGUAUCCUUCCCCGGAGGAGCUACAACUUCCACCGGAGCUUCCAAGAAACGUCUCAGCACUUCCCUUAGAGACGACAUAGACGUUCAAGAUUCAGCUUCUUCAUCCGCCUCUUCCUCUGAGGCUGUUGUUACUUCCGCCGCCUCCGACGACUACUACAACCUCUCCGCCGUCACGGUGCCUCAGAGACCUUCCAAGACGAUGGUCAUUGGGACGAUAUUUGGUAGAAGAAAAGGACACGUGUGGUUCUGCGUUCAGCACGACCGUCUCUCUGUUAAACCAAUCCUUCUCCUCGAGCUUUCCAUAGCUACGAGCCAGUUGGUUCAGGAGAUGGGUUCGGGUCUCGUUCGUGUUGCUUUGGAGUGUCCGACCCGACCCGAAUUGAAGUCGUGUUUGCUGAGAUCCGUACCCGUUUGGACGAUGUUUUGUAACGGGAGGAAGCUAGGGUAUGCUGUGAGGAGAAGCGCUAAUGAAGAGACGAGGAUGAUGUUGAAGAGGUUGGAGUCGAUGACGGUUGGUGCGGGUGUGUUGCCAUCUGGAUCCGGGUCGGGUGAUUCGGAUGCUGAUGAGGUUAUGUAUAUGAGGGCCAACUAUGAGCAUGUUGUUGGUAGCUCUGACUCCGAGUCGUUUCAUCUCAUUAACCCGGAUGCUAACUCGGCUCAAGAACUCAGUAUCUUCUUGCUCAGGACGUCUAGUUGAAUUGGCCAUUUUGGGGGUAACUUAUGAAUCCUUUUCAUAAAGUUUUGUUUUUUGUUCGGGUUCAGAGAUUUGUGAAGACAGAUGAGUUAGGUCUCUUUAGUGUUUUAGGAUUUUGAGAGUUCUUGAUGAGAUAGUUCUUUGUGGGUCUUUUUGGAUUUGAGUUCUUUGAUCUUUGUAAAACAUUCUUUGUUAGAAAGACUGAUGAUUGUUUCGAGA